ACAGGGAGUUUGUUAAAACCUGUUAGCACCAUUAACUGAACACGUUACAACAGUAACCACAAAUCCCAAGUGAUUAUCUAUUCGGCGUCCGCGAUCCCAUACACCCACAAAGCCUACCCCCACCACUAAACCCCCAGCUUAUACCCGCUGAUUCACCCCGUUUGAAUCCUCAUCUAUCUCGCGUAUCUCCCCUUUAAGCGUUAAUAACCUGUCAGUUGAAAUGAAUAACGAAUACGACUACUUGUUCAAGUUAUUGUUGAUCGGAGACUCCGGUGUUGGAAAGUCUUGUCUUUUGUUAAGAUUUGCUGAUGACACCUAUACUCCUGAUUACAUUUCCACCAUUGGGGUGGAUUUUAAGAUCAGAACCAUCGAAUUGGAUGGCAAAACCAUCAAGUUACAAAUCUGGGACACCGCUGGUCAAGAGCGGUUCAGAACCAUCACAUCCUCAUACUAUAGAGGUGCCCAUGGUAUCAUCAUUGUAUAUGAUGUGACUGACCAAGAGUCAUUCAAUAACGUCAAGCAAUGGUUACAAGAAAUCGAUCGGUAUGCCACUGGAGGAGUCAUGAAGUUGUUGGUUGGUAACAAGGCCGACUUGUCUGAUAAGAAGGUUGUGGAGUACACGGCUGCCAAAGAGUUUGCUGAUGCUUUGGAUAUCCCCUUUUUGGAGACAUCUGCCUUAUCUUCCACCAACGUCGAACAAGCUUUCUACACGAUGGCCAGACAGAUCAAGGCUCAAAUGACCAACAACAAUAACUCCAGUGCCAAUGGAAACAACAAGUCCAAUGUCAAUUUGAGAGGGCAGUCGUUGAACUCCAACCAAUCCAAUUCUUGUUGUUAAUAUAGAAGGAGUGCCAGGCCACCACUUGUCAAGGUAAGAGGUCCUUGGAUAUGCUUGUUAGUUAUAUAGUUAAUGGAAAUGAUUGUGAAGAGG